CAGACCGAGCCUUGGUGGAUUUUCCCCCUCUUCUUUUGCACUGCUGUUUUCCUCUGCUCCAUUCAUCGGAGGGGUGGAUCGUCCACCGUCUGCCCCUCAGAAACUUUCUGACGGAGCCAGAAAAGCUCCCACCGGCUUUCCUCUGGCAGCAGCAGAGAGGAGCGACGGGGAGUUUUGGAGAGCUGUGGAGGAUCAGGAGAGGGAUGGUGUGAUUCUGUAAAGAGAAAGAGGCGCUCCGGCAGCAUCACCGAACCCUCCCCUCCCACUCCUCUCCCUAGACCCCCUUCUGUCUGGCUGACGCUCUCCCCAAUAACCCUCCUUCAGUCGAGACAGGCGGUCUGGGGGGCGACCAGGAAACAUGUCACAGACUAGGAGGAACACGUACACCCGGACCACCAGCAGCGGCAGCAGCAGGAUGAGCUCGGACGGAGGCGGGCGGCCCGUCAAAGUGGGCUCCCUGGUGGAGGUGAUCGGGAAGGGGCAGCGCGGCACGGUGGCCUACAUCGGCAACACGCUCUUUGCCUCCGGGAAAUGGGUGGGAGUCAUCCUGGACGAGGCCAAGGGCAAGAACGACGGCACCGUGCAGGGCAAACGCUACUUCACCUGCGUGGAGAAUCGUGGGAUAUUUGUGAGACAAUCACAGAUCCAGCUGGUUGAUGAUGGAGCCGACACGACGUCUCCAGAGACGCCUGAGCCGAGCACCGGCAAGGUUCCCAAACGAGAGAUCCUGGAGACGCCCAAGUCCACUAAACUGCGAGGAGUGAAGCCCAAAAAGACUCCGGCACCCCGGAAGACCACGGCCAGAAGGCCCAAGCAGCCCAGCCGACCUGCUGCUGGGAAGGGGGCUGCGUCCGGCUCGGCCUCGGCCUCUGCUGGAGAGAUGAGCAGCAGCGAGCCCAGCACGCCGGCCCAGACCCCUCUGGCGGCUCCGGUCAUCCCCACCCUCCACUCCCCUGGAAACCCUCCGGUCCCCGUUCCCAGCAAGGAGGACGUCGCUAUGGAAACACAGGAGGAGGAGGCGCUGCGUGUUCAGGUGAAGGACCUGGAGGAGAAGCUGGAGACGCUGAAGAUGAAGCGGACGGAGGACAAGGCCAAGCUGAAGGAGCUGGAGAAGCACAAGAUCCAGCUGGAGCAGCUGCAGGAGUGGAAGACCAAGAUGCAGGAGCAGCAGGCCGAGCUGCAGAAACAACUCAAAGAGGCCAAGAGGGAGGCAAAAGAAGCCCAGGAGGCGAAGGAGCAUUACAUGGAGGAGAUGUCGGACACGGCGGAUGCGAUCGAGAUGGCCACUCUGGAUAAGGAGAUGGCCGAGGAGAGGGCCGAGUCUCUGCAGCUGGAGGUCGACUCCCUCAAGGAGAAAGUGGACGAGCUCACAAUGGACUUGGAGAUCCUCAAGCACGAGAUCGAGGAGAAAGGUUCGGACGGUGCUGCCUCCAGUUACCAUGUGAAACAGCUGGAAGAGCAGAACGGGAGACUGAAGGAAGCGCUGGUCAGGAUGCGUGACCUGUCGUCGUCAGAGAAGCAGGAACACGUGAAGUUGCAGAGGCAGACGGAGAAGAAGAACGUGGAGCUGGACACUCAGAGGAGCCUGAAAGAAAAGCUGCAGGAGGAGAUGACGGCGGCAGAAAAGACCAUCGACGAGCUCAAAGAACAGGUGGAUGCAGCUUUGGGGGCGGAGGAGAUGGUGGAGAUGCUGACGGAGAGGAACCUGGACCUGGAGGAGAAAGUCAGGGAGAUGAGAGAGACGGUCACCGACCUGGAAGCUAUAAAUGAGAUGAACGACGAGCUGCAGGAGAACGCCAGAGAGACGGAGUUGGAGCUGAGGGAGAUGUUGGAUCUUGGCGCUGCGAAAGUCCGGGAGUCCGAGAAACACGUUGAAGCUGCUCAGGAGACCGUAGCUGAUUACCAGCAGACCAUCAAGAAAUACCGCGAGCUCACAGCUCACCUGCAGGAGGUGAACAGAGAGCUGACCAGCCAGCAGGAAGCCUCAGCAGAGCUGCAGCAGCAGCCGCCGGCAGAGAUGUUUGAUUUCAAGAUUAAGUUUGCAGAGACGAAGGCCUACGCCAAGGCCAUUGAGAUGGAGCUGAGGAAGAUGGAGGUGGGUCAGGCCAACAGACACGUUUCUCUCCUGACCUCCUUCAUGCCCGAGUCCUUCCUUCGUCACGGCGGAGACCACGACUGCAUCCUGGUGCUGCUGCUCAUGCCCAGACUCAUCUGCAAGGCCGAGCUGAUCAGCAAACAGGCCCAGGAGAAGUUUGACCUGAACGAGAACUGUGUGGAGCGAGCCGGGCUGAAGGGAGCCGUCGGAGAGCAGCUGAGCUUCGCUGGCGGUUUGGUCUACUCGCUCAGUCUGCUGCAGGCCACGCUGCAUAAAUACGAACAGGCUCUGGCUCAGUGCAGUGUUGAUGUCUAUAAGAAGAUCGGCUCUCUGUACCCGGAGAUGAGCGUCCACGAACGCUCUCUGGAUUUCCUCAUCGACCUGCUGCACAAAGAUCAGCUGGACGAGACGGUCAACGUGGAGCCGCUCACCAAGGCCAUUAAAUACUAUCAGCACCUGUACAGCAUCCACCUGGCCGAUCAGAACGAGGACUGCACCAUGCAGCUGGCUGACCACAUCAGAUUUACCCAGAGUGCCUUGGACUGCAUGGCGGUGGAGGUCGGUCGUCUGCGGGCGUUCCUGCAUACGGGUCAGGAGAAGGCCGACCUCGCCGUGCUGCUGAAGGACCUGGAGACGUCCUGCAGCGACAUCCGACAGUUCUGCAAGAAGAUUCGCCGCAGGAUGCCGGGAACCGACGCGCCGGGCAUCCCGGCAGCGCUCAACUUCGGACAACAGGUGUGCGACACCCUCUCAGACUGUAGGAAACACCUGACCUGGGUGGUGGCGGUGCUGCAGGAAGUGGCAGCAGCUGGAGCUCAGAUGAUGUCGCCUCUCGGUGAACAGGAAGGACUGUCGGCCGUCAAACUGGAGGAUGUGGCGUUCAAGGCAGGAGAGCAGAUUUAUGGAUCCCAGGGCGCCAACCCCUACGAGUGUCUGCGGCAGUCCUGUAGCAUGGUCAUAGCGACCAUGAACAAGAUGGCCACCGCCAUGCAGGAGGGAGAAUAUGACUCAGAGAGGCCUCAGAACAAGAACCCUCCACCUGUGGAUCUGCGAGCGGCGGCUCUUCGAGCUGAAAUCACCGACGCCGAAGGUCUCGGCAUGAAACUGGAGGACAGAGAGACGGUCAUCAAAGAGCUGAAGAAGUCUCUCAAGAUCAAGGGUGAGGAGCUGAGCGAGGCGAGCGUCCGUCUCAGUCUGCUGGAGAAGAAGCUGGACAGUUCGUCCAAAGACGCAGACGAACGCGUUGAGAAGAUUCAGACUCGACUGGACGAAGCCCAGACUCUGCUGAAGAAGAAAGAGAAGGAGUUUGAGGAGACGAUGGACGCUCUACAGGCCGACAUCGACCAGCUGGAGUCGGAGAAGGCCGAGUUGAAGCAGCGAAUCAACAGCCAAUCGAAGAUGACCAUCGACGGACUCAGAGGAACCGGACAGUCGGGAGUCGCUUCCAUCAUCGCAGGAGGUGCUGCAGCGAACAUGAUGUCCGGCGCCGGUUCAGGUUCGGGUGUCCAGGUGAUUGACUCUCCUCUGCUGAGUAAGCAGAUUGAAGCUCAGAGACUCUGCAUCAAACACCUGAAGAACGACAACAACAAACUGAAGGCUGAAAAGAUGCGCGCUCAGCUCGCCUCUCUGCCUCCUCUUCACGUGACCAAACUUCCCUCCAGAGACGGAGGUCGUCCCGAAGUGCUCUCCAGCGCCCUCUACCGCAAGACCGACCAGCUCCUGGAGACGCUGCUGCAGAUGAGUGCCAACGUCAAGGUGGUGGACAUCACUGGGAAAUCUCCAGUGACACCUGGUGCUCAGCUCCUGGAACAGACGGCUAGAUUACAGUCCCUGAGUGACACUCUGGGCAGACUGAAGGACGAAGUAGCAGAGCACGUCGUCCACCAGCAGCCUGGAGCUCGAGUCUCGUCUGACUUUGCGACGUUCCCUUCAACCUCGUUUGUUAAGGCGAAGGAGGAGAAGCAGGGCGACACAGUGCUGGUGGGUCGGGUCAUGGUGCCGUGUACCCGAGGUCAGGAGCAGGUCCACCGCCUCGUCCUGUCACAGUCUCAGCUGCAGAGAGUUCACAGUCUGCUGCGGACCUAAACUUCACCUGCGAUCCUGCCUGCUGCACCUACACACCACCACCACCACUACUCAUCAUCAGCUUGGCAGCCUGGCUUCCACUCCUGGGCCAAACAAGUCAAACCAGGAGGUAUUUCUAGUGGAGCAAUUACAACCUGCAGGAAAUUAUCUUUUAUCUUCUUUGAAAAGCAAGUUGAUCUGUGUGACAGUCAGGGCUGUAGUUUGAGACCAGUUUAAUCUCAAGAUCACUUUGGAUAUCUAGAACUUGUUUGGUAUUGAUUAUUUUAUCUAGAGACAAUUAGGAGCAAUUUUGACAAUUGUUUCAAUCAAAAAUGCCAAUCAUUCAGUGAUAACUGCUUCUCAAAUGUGAGGAUUUGCUGCUUUUAUUUGCCAUAUACGACAGCAAACUGAAUAUCUUUGGGUUUUGGACAGUUUGUCAAAACAAAAUAAGAAAUCUAAAGAUGCCUUUUAAGAUUUCAGUAGAUUAUAAUGGAAUUUUCUCACUGUUUUUUAGCAUUUUAUCGACAAAACGAUUAAUGAAGAAUAUAAUGCGGAGAUUCAUUUUUAAUGUAGAUAAUUACUACUUCUAAACCUAACAGUAAAUCCCACUUUAGACCAGGAAAGCAGCAUACAUAUUUAGUGAUUUACAUCUAUACUUUAAAACUACUACUAUCAAAUAUCUAAUUUUUCUUCCUGUAAAACUUCACAAUGACAAAAUUGGAGACUUUCAGGCGUUUCACAUUUUUCUUUCAUUGGUCUUAAAUCAAAAUCAGAUCAGCUUAACUUGGUUUUUGAAGUGAUUUGGAUUAAACUGCUGUUCUACUGACUACAGCCCUGCGUACUGUAAAUUAUAGACUUAUAAGUGAGGCAAUCACGACUCCAUACUUCAUAUUUUACACACCUAUUAAUUUAGUUUUAUGGCCAGAAAAAGAAGUAGCGAUACUCGUAACUGCACUGCUGCAUGCUGCCCAGAGUCACUGAUUUAUUUUAAGUUGUAGAAUAUUUAUCAAACUCCUCUUUGGCCCCGGUGUGAAACCAGCACAGUGUGGUUUAUAUUAUUAGGCCUGAACAUUGGAUGUUGCUCCACGUUUCUAUGUUACACUGUUUAAGCUACACAGUAUUAGAAGGAUCAUUACUGAUGUAAAGUUUUUAAUCAGGUCACUGUUGUGCACUCCAUUUUUAUAACUGUCUAAAGGGAAAGAAGGAUUAUGUGAUUUAGAAACGAUACUGAAAAUAAUAAUAGAUUUGUCCAUUUAAAGUAGCGGAUAUUUUACUGUGGUUUGAUCAAAGAGUCUUUUUGCACAUAUAAUAAGUCCUGAGUGACGGGAGAAACCACAGAGGAGAACCAAAUCCUGCACAUUCGCUUUAAUUGGAUGUAAUUUUAUUUCACUGAUCAUUUUAGCAAUGACGUUAACAUGCAAGCAAACUCCAGAAUGUGAUGAGGAUUUAGCAUUUUGCUCUGUGGUUUGAUUAAAACUUUGUGGACUGCACAGAAGAAAAAAAAAAGCUGAUUAACCUCAAGGGAUUUACUGUGUAAAACGCGGAUGAAAUUCUUUUGCUUUUGUUUAUUUAAAAACUCAGAUGAAGCAUUAUAAUGGUUUAAAUUAUUUAGUAUUUAUUACACUUGUGGUGUAAAUUCCAGUAAGUUGUUACCGUCUACUUUUACAUGCCGGGUAUAAAUAACGCGCUGGUUGUAUUGGUAAAAGUUACAAAAAUCCAGAAGAUGUGUGUGUUACCUUUUGUUCUGCUGAGAUUCCUGUUGCUGUUUCAAACUUCGUCCGAGCCUUAAACCUGCAGAGAGCCUUGUGGUAAAAGAGCGGUCACCUGCCUUAUGAUUGAUUUGUUUAGACCAAACCUCGUUUAAAGCAAAACUACAUCUUUGCCAAAGAAUCUGUUUCUCAUCACCACGUUUGCCAUGGCUGAUUUUUUUAAAAAGGCUUUUAGUUUAUUAAUCCAUGCUAAUUAUUUUUAUUUAAUGAUUUGUUAGACUAUUUAUGUUUACACAAUUUUGUCAUAACUUGGAAGUUUUAUUUUGUAAUUAAUUUAAUUAAUGGGCAUCUACAUGUCUGUAGUUGAAGAGGGAAAAUGCUCUUAUUUAUUCAUGAUGUUAUUUAUCUGUGCAGCUGAUGUACUGACUCUGCAGCUUGUCUAACUUGUCUUACCUUUUCCUUGUGUGGCUUCCUGCUCUUGCACAACCGAUAACCGAUCAAUAAAGACAUUUAAGCCAGUGUA